AGUGAAGUGAACUGGGGAAAUCUUGAGAGCAGAAAGCUGGGUGAGUGCUUGUUGUUGUCGUAUCUAAUUGUAUGAGGUGAAAAAAAAAAUGGAGUUUGGAAGAAGAGUUAUGGUCUGGAGGUUGCUGCUGUCAUGGGCGGUUUUAAGCAUAGCAGUGCAGGCGGUGACGAGUGAAGUGUUACCAAAAUGUGAUUUCCCAGCGAUCUACAACUUCGGUGACUCCAACUCCGAUACUGGAGGGAUAUCGGCGGCAUUUCUCCCGGAUAUUCUACCAUAUGGCGAGACCUUCUUUCACAAACCUUCGGGAAGGAGCUGCGAUGGGCGUCUCAUUAUAGACUUCAUUGCCGAGCAUUUGGCUUUACCAUACUUGAGCGCGUAUCUGGAUUCGGUGGGAAGCAACUACCGCCAUGGAGCGAAUUUUGCGACGGGUGGAUCGACCAUUCGGCAGCAGAAUGAGAGCAUAUUCGUGGCAGGGAUAAGCCCUUUCUCCCUCGACUUCCAGGUCGCUCAGUUCACCCAGUUCAAAGCACGAACUAUAGACCUUCACAAUCAAGUGAGGAACAAAUCUGACGGGAGUGAUCUGGCGAGACUGCCGAGACCCUGGGACUUCUCCAAGGCCCUGUACACGCUAGAUAUCGGGCAGAAUGAUCUCUCGGUCGGAUUCAGGACGAUGAGCGACGCCCAGCUUCGAGCGACCAUUGCUGACAUUCUUGAUAAGUUCUCGACAGCAGUUCAGCAACUGUACAAACAAGGGGCGAGGACGUUCUGGUUACAUAACACAGGACCCAUCGGCUGCUUACCCACGUCCGUGAUGUACCUUGGUCCAACAAAGCCUGGAGUUCUGGACGAGCAUGGAUGUCUCAAGUCUCACAACGACAUGGCUGAGGAGUUCAACCGGCAAUUCAAGGAGACAGUGAUCAAACUCAGGAGACAGCUCCCCCGUGCCGCCUUGACCCAUGUCGAUCUUUAUACCGCCAAAUCGGUACUCAUCUCCAAUGCCAAGAAUCAAGGGUUCGUUGAUCCUCUGAAGAUAUGUUGUGGGUACCAUGAGGGUUGGAACAAUGUGUGGUGUGGGACGAAGGGGAACGUCAAUGGUAGCGAGGUCUAUGGUGCUUCUUGUGAAAAACCUUCAAGCUACAUUAUGUGGGACGGCGUUCACUACUCUGAGGCAGCAAACAAGUGGAUUGCACAAAAUAUCCUCUUUGGUGGACUGACCGACCCGCCGGUUCCCCUCAUUAGAGCAUGUUACAGGGAUACCAACAUAUGAUCACUACUUGCCCAAAACCCCCAAACGUAUAGAUUUUAUGGGCUCUAUCCUAUCUAUCAAAGCAGCAAACUAGCUUAAUA